AUGGCGGACGAGAGGAGCGACGUUGCUGAUUUAGAUCUUGUGGAGGCGCGCGUGCAUUUGGCGGCGGCGCAGUACCACAACAGCCUGGCCAAUGGCAAGCUGGUCCCCCGGCCGCCCGGCCUGCCGCGCUCACGCCCCGCCAGUGCUGGCGCACGGGUGUGCGUGAGGCCAGGCUCGGCGCCUUUGCAGCGCCGGGGUUCGCAAGAGCUGCGCGCCGAAGGUGCCCAGGAUGCCCUUGGAGUCCUUCUGGGCCCUUGGGGCAACUGCUGCUACCAAGCGCCGCCGGGCAUCAUCACCCGGACGCUGCACGACAUCGCGGAGAUGCUCCGGGUCUCCGCCACGCGGCGGGAGCGGAGGAAGAACCUGGUGAUCACUUGUCGCCAGAAGUUCUUGCCCAGCACGGAAUCCAUGGAACGCCUCCAUGCCAGCAUCAUCGGUCGGUCCUUAGGGCGAUCUUUCGCACAUGUGCUGCUGAUGACGAAGGUCCUCAUGGGCUUUCGAGAGGCCGUCCACACGGCUCGGCUCUCGAACGCCCUGCAGCGGCGCACGGGUUGGCUGCGAAGUGAGAAGUGCCAGCCAGAUGAGCGGUGCUUGGAAUUUCACUUUCAACAUUGGCGGCACUACACCACCUCCAGCUUGCAGCAACGAGCGGCGGAAGCUGAGAUCCUGCGAGGUCGCGAAUCCGUGCUGGAGGUCUUUGCACAGGGCCGGGACGAGCUCUCGAGGGCAGUGGAACUGCUCUACGAUCGCUCCUUAGUCGAGCUCCUCUUGGUUUGCAUGGCCGCCUGGCGAGAUGCGCUGCGGCUCUUGAGUUUGGAGGGCUACGGUUACCACCUGGCCUCCACGCGAGAGAGGACGCCUUGGUGGGUGGAGGAUCUCUUCCUUUUGCCCGCUGAGAAGGCGCACUUGCUGCUUUGCCUGGUCUGUUGGGCUGCUUGCUGCGCCUUACAGCGGCAAGGACGCGGCCUCAAGGACAUGGAGAUCUCCUUGCAAGAGAUCUCCCAGACAGUGGAGGGCCAGCGCCAGCAGCUCCGGCGUGGCCAGGCUCUGAAGGAGCGUUUGGAAGAGAAUAGCCGUCGCUUCGUAUGCCGCAGCCUCCAGCAAGCAGAACGGUGGCUCCUCAAUGCCGUGUGGCAGGCUUGGUCGCGCCAGAGCGAGGCCACCCGCCGUGCACGCCAGCGGCUCAUCCGUUGGCUGCCCGAGCGGCUCAAGCAGCAGAACGCCCUGCGCGGUGCCCUCGAGGUCAUGGAGUCUGAGCAGCUGGAGGCAGACGCUGCGGGAACAGAAGGAGGUGGCGCUGCGACGACGCCAGAGCGAACGCAGGACGACGCGGACACCAUUCUGAUUCAAGUGGCCUUGUCUACACUCCAGUGGCGACAGCAGCCCACGGAGGGUGGAAGCGGACGUGGGCCGAGCGACGCUGUGGCGAGCCCUUUGGGCCGCACCGGGGUGCUCGUUGCAGCUGCUGAGAUGGACUUGGGACGCCUGGAAGCUUCACCUUCGCCACGCCCAAGAGGUACUCGUUACUUCUCACAGAUGUUCUUCAUCUCCUUCUGCAGCCUUGCCGGGCUCCCGGCGGCCGUGGUCGGCGUAUGUGCGCGGACUCGGGCCAUGGGGGUAGCUGGCGAGGCCCAUCGAAGCACAGGUUUGGCCACAGGGGACGAUGACGAGUUGGAUGUGUCCACGGCCCUGAGCGAUAGCGACCUGGCCGACCUGGCUGGAGCGGCUCCACAGGCAACCGGGCCGAAGGAUGACUUCGACCAGGUGCCAGAGAUGCCUCGCUUGCAAGCCCCCAAGGUGACCUCCGAUGCGAAGGACGAGCAGAUUCAAAAUCUGGAGAGGUCGGUGCUAAACCUGGUGAACCAGGGCGCCUCGCCGGGCAUGGUGGCCUUUGUGGAAGAGCUGAGACAAUUGGUGGAUGGGAAGAUGAAGAAGGAGCUGCGAAACCAGCAGAACACCACGCAGAGCACGCUGAAUGCCCACUUUGGAGCUAUCGCACACUGCGCGCAGCAAGACUGGCGAGAAGUGCUGGACGUGGCGCUGGGCCAAGACGUGAAAGCCAAUGCCUCCAGUGUGGAGAGCUUCGGCCUUCAGCCUUUAGCGCAGAAGCACAGGCUGUGCAGAUGGGGCGAGUGGCAACGAUGGGAGGAGAAGACGUCGACGCAGGCGGCGAUGGAGAAGUCCAAGGAGACCAAAGACUACCUCUGUGGCCUCUAUGCGGGCAACGAGAGCCACCGCGCGGCGCCGGUGGGCGAUUCCGGGAACUGCGUCAUGGGCAGCAAAUACCCGGCCAGCAGCCAGACCAGGCAUAUCGACUUCCUGCGUGACCAGUUGGCGUGGUGGGAGGAUCAGCUCCAGCAGAUCCAGACAUCCCGUGUUCAAUGCACUGCCGCCAGCGAGGCCUAUGACAGUGCUUUGGCCAUGUUCCAGCAAGCCUCCACGGCACAUGCUGAUGUGCAGAAGACCUGCAACGCCACACAGGUGCAGCUGGAUGAGGCAUCCUGCCGAUACAAGGCGUACAGCCAGAAGAAGUGCGAGCUGAUCGCCCACUGCGCUGACACCGCCUGGCAGACCUACCACGACACCUGGAACGAGGCGCUCACCGAAGCGCAGUUCCUCCAGGCUGUCGGACGGGCGCGACACGGCGCGGAUGGACGAGGUGGAGGCUCAGAUGAGGGCGCUCCUGAGGAUCGAGUGCUACCUCGGAGCUUUUCAGUUGAGCAACAUGACCGAUGGCAUCCUGCAGUGCAAGCGGAAGGACUUCCACAAUCACACUCACGUCACUUCUUUGGCGUUCCAGCCACAGGCGCAGCCAGCGGCUCACAGUUGCCUUGUGGACAAAGAGAAUGUGGCCGGGUUCUGUGUCUACGAAGGGAAGUAUUACGCCAACACCUCCAACCUCAGCCAACCCUGUGCAGCCUCCUGCUGCCACAAGACUUGCGUCCUCUGAGUGGGGAUGUUGUGGUCCAGGCCUUCUCAGAAGCCUUGCCUCAUGUCAAGAGUUGGCUUCAGCUGCUGAGUGCCUGGCGCUACCAGGCGCAAGAGCAGAGGCACCUGCGGCAGCGCCUGCAGUCCGAGCAGAGCAGCAGUCGGCAGCUGGACCAGGCCUUGCAGAGUGCAGCUUUGGCGCUUGAGCGAUGCCAAGAACAGCCAGGGCCCUUCCACUGCCGCCUGCUCCAUGAGUGGCGUCAGCUCGUGGUCCAAAGGAAGACCAGUGCGGUGCGUCAUGGGCAAAGAUCACGCUACGUGCAGCUGCAAGAGGCCAAGGACCAGGCGAUGCUCCUCUCCAGCUGCCUCCGCCAGUGGCAAGGCCAGUGUCAGCGCUCUGCGGCCGAGUGGCGGACUGCCCAGGCAGUUCGGCAAGCACAGCAACAGAUGCACCGGAAGACGCUGGAUGCCCUGAGGCGUCGGCAAGAGGGUGAUGCGUGCGCGCUGCAACUGCUACAUUUUGGGGCCUGGCGCCAAGAGGUCUUGCACAGUCGCAUCGCCCGCGCGGAGAAGGAGAAGAUCAUCACCCGGACUUUUGGCCAACUCCUCUUGGAUGACGAGAUGCUGAGAUCCCGCAGCUUCUACGAGUGGCGAAAUGCCUUGCACCACGCGCGGCACGAUGCGCUUCAUCGGGCGGCUGAACAGGAGGCGGAGGAGCGGAAGAAGGAGGCCCAUGAGCAGAAGCUGCAAGUCAUGAGGCAAGCCUUUCGAAGCUCGAGUGAGGCCUUGUUGGGUUCGGCCUUCUUGGGUUGGCACAACUUGGCGCGGCACCGCCAGCAGCACCUGGCGCGGCGCCGGCAGAGCGAGCAGCGCCGCGAGCGGAAGGACUUGGAGCUGGAGAGAUUCGCUUUGCUGCAUUGCGUUUGUGCCUGGCAUGUCCAAGCGCUGAAGUGUGGCAGCCUUCGCCGGAAGCGCUCCGCUGGCGCACGCAUUGGCCUGCAGGCGCUGACGCUGUGGCAGCUGCGCGGGGUGCAGGGUCUCACGGAUCCCGGCCGUGGGGCCUUUCAGGCACAACUUCUGGAGCUGUGGCAUCAAGUAGCGCUGCGCGGCACCGAGGCGCUGCGCGGUCGGCAGCAGCUCCGCGCACGGAACGCGCAGCUCUGCAGGGAGAAGCUGAUUCCAGCUUUGGACGUCCAACGUCUCUUGCUGCUGCUGGGCCGCUGGCGCCUGCAUUGUCACUUGUUGCACGGCCGUCGGGCUGCUGGCGCCAUGGUGGAGCAGAGGCUCGCGGCGGAGGAGCAGCUGUGGAUGAGCCGUCUCUACGAUGCAUGGCGCCUGCUGCGCUCCGAGCAGUUGCACCUCAGAGCCGUGGGCACCAGCUGCCAAAACGCUCGGGAGGUCCAGCUGCAGCUGCGCUGGCGCAUGCUGCAUGGGAUGAGCCAACUGCAAGACUUGGUGGAUCAAGGGAGAUUGGAAGCGCUUUUGCUGAGGUGGCGCGUGGAGACGUCGAUCCGGUCGACGCGGCGUCGGUUGAAGGAGCGCGCCUUCACCGGCACCAUGCGUGAAGUGGCACGGGAGGAGCUGGAGCUGUGCCAGUGGGUUUUCUCGAUCUUCAAAGCAGAGGCCACCCGGGAACGUCACCAGCGAGAGCUUGAACGCACCGAGCGACAGGUGCAGGGAGCUCGCAUCGUUCAGCGUCAGAUGGCCGACGGUUGGAAGAAGGCCUUGGAGGCCCUACAAGCUGAGCAGCUCCGGAACCUCCGCGCGCAGCUCCGAAGCCUUUGCCGCGCCUGGCUCACCGGCGCUCGGGCGCUGGUGAACGCGCGAGGCGUUCGGAGGCGUUGGGCCUCAGUCCUGGGACACCGGCAGCGGCAGCGCGCUUUGCGGCGGAUGUGUUUGCACUGGCGCUGGGUGGCCGGGCAGGAGAGGCAUGAUGCCCGACUCCAGCGGUGCCGCAAGUAUGCGGAGAACUGCACUGUUCAGCUGCGGUCGGCAUGGCUCAUGCAGCAGACCUUCCGGAGCUGGCAGCAUGCCCGUGCUUAUGAGGAGCUCUUUCGCAUCCUCUCCGACACCCAGGCAGACCUGGCGCGUGCGGCGGAAGCCACAGCCUUGGCGGAGACGGCCGCGGUGGCUGCGCAGCAGAGGAAUCAGCAGGUCACCGUGCGUGUGCUGCCGCCGAAGCCAGCGUGGGCGCAGGUGCCCCAUUUCGUGCACCCAGAUCCGGAGCGAGACAGAGAGGCCCAGUUUCAAGCUCCCGUGCGCUCCCUGCAAAAGGACAUCCAGCGCCACUACGCACAGCGCUUGCAGGACCUCCGCAAUGGCACGGCCACGUCCUCCGCUCGACACUGCUCCUUUGAGGUGAACAUCGCCCAGCAAGGAGGGCCAGCGGAGCCAACGACGCGAGAGGCCUGGCGCUGA